UCAGUACUACAAUUCCCAUCAUACCUCGUCACCUUCCCUUGGGUCCAGCGAAAUGGCGUCUUCUUGAAGCGUACAUUAAUCGCAAGUGUUUUGUUUACAAGGCAUCACGGUUUAUGCAUUCAGAUGGCAGCCGAUUCCUCAGAGAAGAAAGAUGUUGACUCCUCAGGGACCAAAGACAGAGAGCGGAAACACAGCCGCUCACGAGAAAGAGAUCGGAAACCAUCACCUCCACGCAAACGGCGUCGAUCUCGAGAACGCAAUCGCUCAAAAUCGAUCGAAAGAGACCGCCGCAUAAAAGACAGGGACAAGGAACGUGACAGAGACAAGGACCGAGACAGAAGUCGGAAGGACCGAGACAGCCAUCGGCGUGAUAAGGAUCGCAGUCGGCGCUCCAGAAGUCUCUCACCCAAGUCAAAGGAUGCCAAGCUAAAGAGCGAGAAGGACAUAAAACCCGAGGAAGAAGAUGACAAAAAGAAAAAGGAGAAGGUGCAGCCAUUAUCUUUGGAAGAGCUUCUUGCCAAGAAGAAGGCAGAGGAAGAAGCAGAGGCAAAGCCAAAGUUCCUUUCAAAAGCAGAGAGGGAGGCAGAGGCUCUGAAGCGGCGGGAGCAAGAGAUCGAGGAGAGGAGGAAGCUGAUGGAGGAGGAGAGGAAAAGGAGAAGGGUCUUUCAAGACAUUGGACGGAAAAUGCUCGAGGAUCCACAAGAAAGAGAAAGACGGGAACGACGAGAGCGGAUAGAGAGGGAGAACAACGGGAACGAAGAGGACGAUGGGCGGCAAAAAAUAAGAGAGGAAAAAGACAAAGGCAAAGAACUACAGGCUAUUAAGGAACGUUACUUGGGUGGGAUGAAGAAACGCCGCAGAACGCGUCACCUGAAUGACAGGAAAUUUGUUUUCGAGUGGGAUGCUUCUGAAGACACGUCAGUUGACUAUAACCCGAUGUAAGUCACAUUCUCACACUGUAUCAUUGCAAUAGGACAUACCUGUAUGUGGCAAGAUGUGGAAACAUUGUACUUUGAAGAGAGAGAGAGAGAAAGA